GGACCGCGGCGGGGACAGCGGGACAGACGGACAGGGACAGCGCCGCGAGAGCAGUGUCCCCGUGUCCCGCGGUGUCCCCGCGAUGCCGUUCGGGGCGGUGCUGGCGCAGGUCGGGGGCCUGGGCCGGUUCCAGGUGCUGCAGACGGCGCUGCUGGCGGUGCCCAUCCUGCUCAUGGCCAGCCACAACCUCCUGCAGAACUUCACUGCCGCCGUCCCCCCGCACCGCUGCCGUGUCCCCGCUGUCCCCAGCGCCACCCCUGCUGUCCCUGGUGCCACCCCAGCACCACCCAGUGCCACCUCUGCUGUCCCCGGUGCCACCUCAGCAGCCCCUCGUGACUCCUUGAGAGGCUCCAACACCGUCCUGAGCUCUCCUGGUGGCACCUCGGGGUCACCUGGUGCCACCCUGAGGUCCCCCAGUGGCUUGCACAGCGCCAGUGACACCCGUGUCACACUCGGUGGCACCGUGGGGUCACCUGAUGACGCCGGUGUCCAGCCUGAUGGCACCUGGGGGUCCCCCAAUGGCACCCUGGGGCCCGCUGGUGCCAUGCUGGGGUGGUCCAAUGUCACCCUGGCGUCCCCUGAUGUCACCCUGGGGUCCUGCCGGCGCUAUGUGGCCAAUGUCACUGGUGGGCCCCGGGCCACCGAGCCGUGCCGUGAUGGUUGGGACUACGACCGCAGCAUCUACGUGGCCACCAUCGUCACCGAGUGGGACCUGGUCUGUGGCUACCGGCAGCUGCGGCAGAUGGCCCAGUCCAUCUACAUGGCCGGGGUCCUGGUGGGCGCCCUGGUCCUGGGGGGCCUCUCAGACAGGUUUGGGCGCAAGGCCAUGCUGAUGUGGUCCUACCUGCAGCUGGGGGUGAUGGGGACCUGCACGGCCUUUGCCCCCAACUACGCCUCCUACUGCGUGUUCCGCUUCGCCGGGGGGAUGGCGCUGUCCGGCUUCGGCCUCAGCAUCGCCUGCCUGGUGGUGGAGUGGAUCCCCACGCCCUACCGCGCCAUCACCGUGGCCAUCACCGGCUUCGCCUACACCCUGGGCCAGAUCAUCCUGGCCGGGGUGGCCUACGCCGUCCCCCACUGGCGCUGGCUCCAGCUCUCCGUGUCCCUGCCCUUCUUCGUCUUCCUCCUCUACUCCUGGUGGUUGGCGGAGUCGGCGCGGUGGUUGGUGCUCUCGGGCAAGGCCGAGCGGGCGGUGAAGGUCCUGCAGCGCGUGGCCACCUUCAACAACCGCAAGGAGGAGGGGGAGAAGAUCACGGUCGAGAUGUUGAAGUCCAACAUGAAGGAGGAGCUGGCAGCUCUGAAAUCCUCCUACACCGUCUCUGACCUGGUCCGGACCCCUGUGAUCCGCCACAUCUUCUUCUGCCUCUCCAUCGUCUGGUUCUCCAUCAGUUUCUCCUACUACGGCUUGGCCAUGGACCUGCAGAACUUUGGGGUCAGCAUUUACCUCAUCCAGGUGAUUUUCGGCGCCGUUGACUUCCCAGCCAAGGUGGUGGUGACCGUGUCCCUGAGCUACGUGGGCCGGCGGCUCUCGCUCAUGGUGGCCUUGUUCCUGGCCGGGCUGGUCAUCGUGGCCAACAUCUUUGUGCCCACAGAGCUGCAGACGGUGCGCACGGCGCUGGCCGUCAUCGGCAAGGGCUGCCUGUCCGCCUCCUUCAACUGCGUCUUCCUCUACACCACCGAGCUCUACCCCACGCCCAUCAGGCAGACGGGGCUGGGCUUCGGCAGCACCAUGGCGCGCGUGGGCGGCAUCGUGGCGCCGCUGGUGAAGAUGAUGGACGAGUACUACCCCUUCCUCCCGCCCGCCGUCUACGGGGUGGCCCCCGUGGUGGCAGCCGUGGCAGCCGCGUUCCUGCCCGAGACCCUCAACACGCCCCUGCCCGACACCAUCGAGGAGGUGGAGAACAGGACCAAGCAGAAGCCAGCAGGUGACCCCAAGGAGAAGAUCGCGCUCCAGCCCCAGGACGGGCCCCCCCUGAAGGAGGCCUGAGGGACCCUGGGGGUGGGCACAGCCCCCCAGCCCUGGCCACCAGCGACCACCACCCCAGGGGUCCCCACAGCUUGGGGGCGAGACCUGGGUCGUGACCGGUGAUCUCCCGUUGGGGUGGGGACAUCUGGGCAGGAAUAAAACAGCGCUGGUGGGGACACGUCUCGGGCUCUUAUCUGUGCCCCCCCAGGCCACCCCCAACAAUCACAUCCAAGGUCACAUCCCAUGGGACAAUGCCCAAGGAUGUCCCUGAGGUCACUUCCAAUGAGGGGACAACCCAGGACCCCUUUUUUUGGAGGUCAUCUCCACAGGAGGACCCCCCACAACCUUGUCCAUCGAUGAGGCGGCACCCAAGACCCCCAUUUUUAGUGACACCUCAUAGCCUCGGCCAAUGGGACUCUACCCAAGAGCCGUGUCCCCAAAGUCCCCUCACAUAAGGUGGCACCAAGAACACCACGCUGGCCAUCACCUCCAACAAGACCAUCCCAAAUAACCCUAAACCAACUCUUCUCCUGGCUGAGGCGCCCCCCAAAUCCCAGGGAAGGUGGAGAAGCACCACCCAAAUCCCACCCCGCCCCCUCCCGGCACCGCCCCGAUGCCCCUUCCCCGAUUUCCGUCCCCUGAGGCCACCCCGGCCCUUGCUCCCAUUUCUGAUGUGUCCCUUGGCCCCAUCAACUCCCCAUCAAAAAUUAACCCCCGGCGGGGAAUGCGCUGACCCAGGC